AAUAGCUGUGUCAAUAUAUGUUUGUUGUUGCAUCUUGCAUGCCAGGCCACCAAACCUUAUUUACAAAAUCUUGUUACUCUAUAUGACUUGUAUGUAUAUCUAUAAAAUCAAAUCAUUUGGGAUCAUUGCUUCAUUAGGAUUUACCAGGGGCUGGCUUUUUUUUUUCCCAUUUUUUUUUAAUCUUUUGCUAAAAUGGGUGGUACUGGAAUGCUGAAUAAUUCAACUAUGAUAUGUGCUCCGUUAAUGGCUCAAUCUGUGGAGCAAAUGGUUAAAGACAUGCACCAGGCAAAGGCUGAAGGUGCACAGCUUGUUGAGAUUAGGUUGGACUAUAUCAAGAAUUUUCAGCCCCACCAGGAUAUUCAAAUCAUCCUCAAAAACAAACCUUUGCCAGUGAUCAUUGUAUAUAGGCCGAAAUGGGAAGGUGGUCAGUAUGAAGGAGAUGAGAACUCACGGCUGGAAGCACUUUGUUUAGCUAGAGAAAUGGGAGCUGAUUAUAUUGAUUUUGAACUCAAGGUGGCUUCUGAUCUUAUUAGGGAACAGAAAAUGAAGAAUGACAAUGCUACCAAAGUUAUAGUGUCGCAGAACAUAGAUGGUAUGACCCCUAAAGAUGAAGAGUUAAGCAAUCUUGCUGCCAGCAUCCAAGCUACUGGAGCAGAUAUCAUCAAAGUGGUUGUAAAUGUAGCUGAUAUUACAGAGAUAGCGAAAAUUUUUCAUUUGCUUUCUCAUUAUCAAGUGCCAAUAAUUGCAUACUCCGUAGGGGAAAGGGGUCUCAUAAGCCAGCUAUUGUGCCCAAAAUUUGGUGGCUUUUUAGCCUAUGGAUCUAUUGUUGGACAUUCACUUCCUGGCAUGCCUUCUUUAUAUAGUCUUAGGCAUACUUAUAAGCUUGACUAUUUAAAUUCAGAAACUAAAGUUUUUGGACUUGUUUCAAAACCUGUCGGCCACAGCAAAGGCCCUCUAUUGCAUAAUCCUACCCUCAGACACGAGAACUUCAAUGGGGUUUAUGUCCCAAUGUUUGUUGAUAAUCUCAAGGAGUUCUUUAGCAUCUAUUCCAGUCCAGACUUUGCUGGCUUUAGUGUUGGAUUUCCGUACAAGGAAGCUGUAGUUGAGUUCUGUGAUGAAGUUCAUCCACUUGCAGAGUCUAUCGGUGCUGUUAAUACCAUUGUAAGGAGGCCUUGUGAUGGGAAGCUGAUAGGUUAUAAUACUGACUGUGAAGCUGCAAUAACUGCAAUUGAGGAUGCUUUAAAAGAAAAGAGAUGCAGUAGUAAUGAAGCAUCUUCAGGUACUCCACUAUCAGGGAAACUCUUUGUGCUAGUUGGUGCUGGAGGUGCAGGAAGAGCAUUGGCAUUUGGUGCUAAAAGCAGAGGAUUACGCAUUGUCAUUUUUGACAUUGAUUUUGAGAGAGCGAAGUCUCUUGCUUGUGCUGUCUCGGGUGAAGCUCAAGUUUUUGAAGAAGUAGUUAAUUUCCAGCCAGAGAAAGGAGCAAUCCUUGCAAAUGCAACACCCCUAGGAAUGCAUCCAAAAACUGAUCAGCGUAUUCCUGUGGCUGAGUCAACUUUGGGGGAUUAUGAGCUGGUUUUUGAUGCUGUUUACACACCUAGAAAAACAAGACUUUUAAAGGAUGCUGAGGCUGCGGGGGCAAUCGUUGUGGGCGGAGUUGAAAUGUUCCUUAGGCAGGCUAUUGGUCAGUUCAAUCUCUUCACCAGUCAAGAAGCUCCUAAAGAGUUAAUGCGCGAGAUCAUUAUGGCCAAGUUCUGAUGUAUUGCAUCACAUAGACAAUAUUGUAAUAUUCAGCAGUCUUCUCAUAACUUUAAUGCACUGGCAUUGCAAUGCUCAGCUAAUAAGCCACACAUGAAUCAUUUCUGUUCGUGACAAAGUAGUCCUGACAUAAACUUUUUGGUCUUAAAACAGUUUUAGCAUCUCGUAUUGCAUUCAAAGUCACAGUAGGCUCAUAACCAGCAUGGCAAGAGGGAGUGUGGGGAAACAACUGUGUCCUUGAGAAACUAUGAAUACCCAGAGGCAGAUUGGUGAUGGUUAUGUGCUUAAUUUAUCUGUUACUCCUUGUUUACUUCAUUCCUCUAAUUGGGUGAUUCAGCUUGGCUCCAAUUUUAUUUGGGGUUUCUAAGUUUGUGCUGCUAUCCUCAAAACCUCAAGCUAUCUGGGCUAAAAGACCAGCUCUUUUUUCACAUGAACUUUGGGGCUGGGAUUGAA